AUGGGUUUUAAUAAAGUAGCUUAUACUCAGUUCUUCAAUUUAUUAACUGGUUGCAUUGAUAAAUAUAAGCUGAACGCGAAUAGAAUAUACAAUUGCGAUGAAACUGGUAUCACAGUAAAUCCAAAAGGACAGUCAAAAGUAUUAGCUACUAAAGGAAAACGACAGGUUGGUAUUUUAACAACAGCUGAACUUGGAGAAACGGUUACUGCAGUAAUAUGCUUUUCAGCUAGUGGCGCGUGUGUCCCUCCAAUGUUAAUUUUCCCGAGAAAGAGAAAUCAACCACAUUUUUCUACGGUAUUACCAUCUGAAUCGUGGGUUGAAUGUCAUGAAACAGGAUGGAUUACUUCUGAGCUUUUUUUUAAAUGGUUUAUGAAAUUUAUUGCAUUUUCGAGGGCAACAAAAGAAGAUCCAGUUCUAUUACUUUUUGAUGGUCAUUCUUCACAUACUAAAAAUCUGCCCGUUAUUAAUGCAACUAGAGAAAAUGGUGUUGUUUUAUUAUGCUUUCCUCCCCAUUGUUCUCAUAAAUUACAGCCAUUUGACGUAUCAUGCAUGAAACUAUUGAGCACAUACUAUGAAGAUGAAGUUAGAAAAUGGCUCCGUUGUAAUCCGGGCAAAGUAGUUACUUUAGGAAAUAUUUCAUCUUUAUUUGGUGCAGCUUUCAUACAUGCUGCAACCAUGAAAACAUCAAUAAAAGGUUUUGAAGCAACUGGAAUAUGGCCUCCGAACAAUAAUGUUUUUAGUGAUGAAGAUUUUUUGCCAUCGAUUGUAACUGACAUUGUACCGACUACUUCGUCGAAUGAAAAAGAUGCUGGAGUAAAUGUAAACGUAAAUGAUCAAAAUUUGAACUCGGAAACGACCGAUCAAGUUACAGGUGUUUUGAAUGAGCCGCAGUGUUUACCUUUGCUUCAUAAUCAACAAAGUACGAGUACAUUUCCGAUUGAAUCGCCUGAAAAUAUUCUACCUAUUCCUAAAGUAAAACAAACAGAAAAAAGAAAUUCACGAAAGAGAGGUAAAACAGCUAUUUUAACGGAAUCGCCUUAUAAGAACGACUUGCAAAUAUCUUUGGAAACAGCAAAAAAAAAAAAAUAG